AUGUCCUCCUCAAGCUCUCCUAUCACCCAAGUCUCACAGCAACAGCAACAGUUCUCUUCGUCAUCGAAUCCUAUUACACAAGUCGUACCACCAGCCCCAGCACCAUUACCAUCACAGUAUUACACACCAGGCAAACAACAAUAUGCAUACCCUUCAAAGGUUAUAUUAGAUGUCAGAGGUACCCGGUUCGAAAUCGAGCGCGAGACACUUAUCGGUCUGCCUGAGAGCAUCCUCAUCGUGAUGUUCCCUAAUGGUCUAAUCCUUCGACCACAGCCCUUAUCAUCAAAAGCAAGAGCCACUGGGGUAGGACCUGGAUACGGCUAUGGACAUGGACAUUAUCCGUCCGAGAGUACCUACACCACUGACUAUAGUGAUUACAGCGAUUAUAGCUAUGACGAUUAUGAGGAGGAGGAGGGGGAGGAGGAGGAAGAUGAGUACCAAAACGGAAAUGGCAGAGAACAGAACCGCAAUGGUAACAGUAAUGGAGGAGAGGCAGCUAGAGGAGACAAUGAAGAAGAGUUGAAUGACGAAAAUCAAUUUGAGGAUGACCAACUCAAUGACGAGGAUGAGGAAGAUAAUGACGAUGGAGAUGAGGUCGAAGAGGAAGAACCACAGGUGAUUCAAGUUGACUUUGAUCCUGUCUGUUUGACAUAUAUUCUUGAAUUUUACCGAGAAGCUCAAAAGAUGAGCGAGGCCCAACGGAGGCAGCGUGUACAGGAGCAACAGCAGAUGAUGAUGCUACAACGUCAGCGACUACAGCAACAGCAGCAACAAUUGAUGCAGAACCAACAGCAACAGCAGCAGCAGUUACAGCAGGAUGAUAAUGGUCGUGACUAUGGCUAUGGGCUUGGUUAUGGUAGAUCAGGAAAUGGAACAACAGCUGGAUAUACGUCAGAGCCAAUUCCCUUGGGAUCGAUAAUGCCUCAGAAUCCAUUGCUGACGAAACAGGCCAUCAUUGUCCUACGUGAAGAACUUGACUAUUUUGCAAUCCCACCAUCAAAUCGAACAUCGCAGAGGAGGAAUAAUGAGUCAUCAACAACAUCAACAACAUCAACAACGCCAGCAGCAGCAGCAGGAGGAGGAGGAGGGGGAGGAGAAGUUACUAAAAAGGACGGACAUCUUUCAACAGAAGAGCUGCCUCAACCUAUGCGCACGAGCAAUGCAUCGUCCUCAUCCCUAUCAAAACCAAAGGCUUCAGGACUUGUACCAUCAUCUUCAACCACCACUACCGCUAGUACAGCCACGGUUACAAUGGCAACGUCAUCACCUGCUCUUCCGUCUGUGUCACUAAAGAAUGGGAGUUCGAUGUCGUCGCCGUUAUCAUCACCACCAUUACCGCCGCUUCCGCCACCAGCCAUGAUCAAGACACAAUGUGGCAAAAUAUUACUCGAGGACCGUAAGAUCUUUACGGCUCUACAGCGUAAUAUCAAUAAGGAAAAAAAUCAAGCAGAGCAACACCUCAUGGAUAUGCUCUGCGUAUCAGGCUUUCAACGCGAUGGCGAAUGGGGUUACCGACGAUUAGAACCCAAGCGGACCACUGUUGUGAGUGUAGCCAUGGUCAUGCUGAGAACAACGGCCCAACCUACUGCCACUACUACAAAAUUAUCAGCAUCAGCAUCACCAUCCUCAUCGAAUUCAGUUUUAACCACACCAUCAGCGACAGCAUCAACAACGCAACUAUCAGUGGGAUCUAUGGCGCCGUCAAUGAAUUUACAAGUGACUGCUCCUGGAUCAACAACAACGGCAACAAUGUUACCAGCAGCAGCGGCAACAGCAGCAGCGACAGCGUCCAAAGAGUCUACAGCCACGAAUGAAGUGAAUAUAUUGAAGGAUACGGUUGCUAUGCCUUUAACAGAAUCUGAGGAUGCUCAGACAAAGAGAAGCAGUAACAGCAAUACUGCGAAUGAAGAGCCUCGGAAUGGUGAGCAGAGUAAUAGCAAUAGCAAUAGCAAUAGCAAUAGUGAUGAUGCUGGUAACACAGCAGGAGCGACAACUUCAUCCGUUUCAGGGCCUUCUUUACAAGAACAAAAUCAGAUUCAAAUGGCCAUUGCACAAAAGCUCUUACUGUUUUGGCGGAAACCAGCGAGAAAGUGCUGGUGGGACGGUAUUCAAGUCGAAAUUGAUGACUCCAGCACCAGUGUUAAAGUACCAGUCCGACUCUGGGCACGACGGACCUGGACCUUAGAGCUUGUCCUUGUCUAG